CAUCGCUCCACAGCGGGGCGGGCGAUAGCAGCCCGGAAGGGGUGGGCUCCAAGUCGGAAGCUGCAGGGCCGGGGCUCGGUACUCCGACCUGAGGCCCCAGUUUGGGCCAUGCCGGGUCGGAAGUCAUCGAAGGAGAAGAAGCGGCGGCGGUCCCGUUCGAGCUGCCCGGAGGGAGCGGCGGGCGGCGAUAGGAAGCGGCGGAGCGCAGAGACCGGCCGUGCCGCACCUGAGGAAGAAAAAUGCAGUAUACCAUCUGGAGAAAAAAUGGAAGAGCCCGAGCAGCUCAGUGAUGUAGAGGAAGGAGGGUUUGAUCUCAGCGUGUCUCUCAAACCAGUUAGUUUCUACAUUGCAGACAAGAAGGAAAUGCUUCAGCAGUGUUUCUGUGUCAUAGGGGAGAAGAAACUACAGAAGAUGCUGCCUGACAUUUUAAAGAGCUGUUCCAUGGAUGAAAUCAAAAGGCUUUGCUUGGAGCAGCUGGAGAUGUUGUCUGAAAAAAAACUGUUGAAGAUUCUUGAAGGCAAGAGCGGAGCUGAUUCUGAUACUGACGAGGAUGGAGAUGGAGAAGACAAGACUGGAGGUGAAUCUGUCAGUCAGCAGGACAACAGCAUAGACUCCACUUCUUCUUUGAGAGAAGACAAGCUGGAAGGUCAGGAAUCAAAACAAGGCAAAGGAGAAGAUAGUGAUGUCCUCAGCAUAAAUGCAGAUGCAUAUGAUAGCGACAUAGAGGGUCCAUGUGAUGAAGAAGGCAGCCCAGAUGUGCAAGAAGACGCUGUCAGAAGUGGAGCUGGUCAGAUUGACGACCUUCAGAAGGACAUUGAGAAAAGUGUGAAUGAGAUACUGGGGUUGGCAGAAUCUAGCCCAAAGGAGUCCAAAGCAGCAAGCUUAGCUGUUCCUCCAUUAGAAGAUGUUCAGCCGUCAGCACAGCAGCUGGAGCUCCUUGAGCUUGAAAUGAGAGCCAGAGCUAUUAAGGCUCUAAUGAAAGCUGGUGAUGUAAAGAAACAACCCUAAGAUUGUUUACAAUAAAUUUUCAGUAUCUUUUGAAA